UUGAGAAAAGCUGCAGAAUGUCAUCGUCAAGUUAGAAGAUAGGCUUAGAUGUAAUUUAUUAAGCCAGGAAGAAAAAUGAUUGAUAUAGUAGAGGAUAUUUAAAAUCUCAACAGAAAAUUAAUUUAAGCAAAUAUGACAUAAGCUGGAAUGGCUUUUCCAUGUGGGGCUAGUAUAAAUCAUUGUGCUGCUCAUUGGACUCCUAACCCAAAUGAUACGACUGUUUUAACAGAUAAUGAUGUAGUAAAGUUUGAUUUUGGAACGCAAGUUAAUGGAUUGAUAAUUGAUUGCGCUUUUACUGUAGCAUUUAAUCCUGUUUUUGAUAAUUUACUUAAAGCCGCUCAAGAUGCUACUAAUACUGGGAUUCGUGAGAUGGGAAUUGAUGCUAGGCUUGGAGAGAUAGGGGAGGCAAUUUAGGAAGCUAUGGAAAGUUAUGAAGUCUAAAUGAAUGGCAAAACUCUUUAGGUUAAAUCGAUUCGAAAUCUGAAUGGUCAUUCAAUUGGCCCAUAUAGAAUACAUGCUGGAAAAUCUGUUCCGAUUGUAAAAGGUGGUCCAAUGACUAAGAUGGAGGAAGGAUAACUCUAUGCAAUUUAAACAUUCGGAAGUACAGGAAAAGGAUUCGUGAUGGAGGAUUCAGACUGCUCCCAUUACAUGAAGAACUUUGACGCCACUAAAGCGCCAAUUAGAAUGCCAAAAGCGGGUGCAUUAUACAGUCACAUAUAAAAGAACUUCAAAACUCUUGCUUUUGCUAGAAGAUGGCUCGAAAAUGGAGGAUUUCCAAAACACGUAGUUGCUCUACGUCAUCUAGUUGAUUGUGGUCUAAUUGACGCUUACCCACCACUUGUUGAUAAUGUUGGAUCCCAUGUUGCUCAAUUUGAACAUACAAUCUAUCUAAAGCCUAGCUGUAAAGAAGUUUUAUCAAGAGGAGAUGAUUUUUGA